AUGGUCGGCCUCAUGAAGUUCUUCGCCUCGGCGGCUCUCCUGGCCCAGAGCGCGCUCGCCUCCCCAGCUCUUGCCACCCGCGGUGAGGGCAUUCACCUGUUCAACUGCCGUCCCUUUGGCGGUGCCGGUGUUCCCCAGACCUGGCUCUCCAUCGUCGUGUACUGCGCCAACGACUCCGACUGCAGCAACCUGAGCUACAGCCCGCCGUCGGACAACGUCUGCGUCAAGGGCACUUCCUCGAGCUCCGAGGUCUACCACAUCUGGGAGGGCAGCAGCCAGUCGUGCACUUUCCCUACCGGCGUGACGUUCAGCUGGAACAUCCCGUCCAACGCCCAGUCGCAGCCUAACUACUCUUCUGUCGGAUCUGGCUCGAACGGCUACCGGAGCUUUGCUGGCCACAAGGAUGACCAUACUGCCGGUCCCAGCUACAACUACCAUAGCUGCGAGAAGGUUUACUACUAUGUUUAA